UAACUGCCCGGAUGAGACGGGUUGUAAUAAAUCUUCUUCAUCAAGUUUUCAAGUUUAGGAGGCAUCUUCUCUCUUUGCCAAAAACCUCAACUCUGAACACCCUGCACACUUUUUACUGCGUUAUAAGUUUAUUCAUUUGCUGCAGUAAUGAGUAGCCUUUUUUUUUUACAAAUUCACAAGCUUUUAUUUUUUUAAAAAGAAUAAAUGUUACAUCGUUUAUACAAAAAUGGAUAAAUGCAUACAAUGUGAUUACAAUACAUGUAUGGUGUAUGUAUGCUACGGUACCAGCAGGGAUGAUCCAAAAGGUAACAAGGUCAGUGUGACAAACCGCCAGUUUGUUUCCCACUGAGCAGCCCCGGACUGUGCGCACACACACACAAACACACACACACGCACCAGCUGAUUGGCCGCAGAGAGCGGGUGCACACGCAAUCGUGCGGCCAUUUGGACAUUUCACCACCAUUACAUCUUUUUACGCCGUUAGACUAACCACAUACACUUGUCACUUUUGUUGGUUUUGGUUUCUUGUGUCAGUACUUACGUGUCGGGAGUAGUCGGACUCCCGCGUCGCGCCAGCAAAACCGGACAGCUGGGCGACGCUCACUUUUGACGUCGUGCAGUGUCGCCUCGGCGCGAGGCGCGGGUCCGACGAAACCACUUUUGUUUGUUGUUAUUAUUUGGUCCUAGUCAUUAUUUGUGGGGUAUUCUUGUGUUAUGAAUCUGAGAAUUAUUGUGGGAAUAUGGGUGAUUGAUUUAUACUUGUUUAAAGGUGAAUAUUGGGAUUAUAAAUGUUUAGUUUCCAGAACGUUCUGGAGAAUGGUUCCACCCAGUUGAAGGGGGCGGGGCCAGGCCUUUAAGAAGAGUGGCCAAACUCCCUUGUGGGGGAGAGUGGACUGGACGGAGAGCGAGUUGGUUGGUGAGAGAGUGUUGACGAAGAGAAGAGACAUUCCUUUUAUUUGAGCAGUUUUUUUUUCAGGUUGAUUUCCUCAUCCAUAGUUGUCCUUAUCAUUCUGUUUUUCUUUUUUUUUUUGUCUGUUGCACCCGCGGGGUUUUUGGAGCAACUGUAAAUACUGCACCUGAUUCUUUUCUGCACUAUACUUUUGGACUGAAUAAACUCACCAUCUGCGAGCAAGCCAUCUUUUUUUUGGUUGUUUUUUGCACGGCGUUCCACGUCUCGAGUGAGCAGCAGAGCUCACUCACCACAGUUGGUGUCAGAAGUGGGAUGGCUACUCGCAAGACAGCACCGAAAGGCAGAAAACCUGGACCUAGGCUGCGGUCGCAGGGGAAGGUGACAGCUGUGAUGCAGGAUGAUGAGGACUGGAAGUCGGACGGGAGUGCAGAGUCGGUGAUUCCUGGUGCCAAACCUGAGGAGGGAAUGGUCUCUUUGAUGCAACACUUCUUGAACGCACAGCAGCGCAGAGAAGAGCGGUUUCUGCUGGAGCUCCGGGGCCUACGGGAGUCCAUUGUGGAGGCAGCUAGGCCGAACUCAGAUGGAGAGAGUCCACGUUUGGAGCUGCCAACGCCAGCUGCUUCGAGGGUAGCUAGUCAGCGCAGAGCGGGCUACCACAGAGACUCCCCAGGUGUGCCAGUGCUGAGAGGGCCGCCCCAGCGGAUGGAGCCAACGAUGCCAUCUCUCCAACCUGGCGAUGACAUCGAGAACUACCUUCGACGGUUUGAGCGCCUAGCCAGGACCUGGAGGUGGCCUGAGGAGGAGUGGAGUUGUCGGCUAGUUCCACUGCUAACAGGACGAGCAUUGGAGGCUUACCUGGCGAUGGACGAGGAGCAGGCAAAGGUGUACGAUGAGCUGAAGAAGGCUUUACUUGAGAAGUACGACAUUUCACCUGAGACGUACCGACAGAGGUUCCGGUCAGCCACAUUUCCGGCAGGGGAAUCGCCGACGGAGACCUACCACCGCCUGAAGAACCUGUACGAGCGUUGGGUUCGACCGAGGGAACACUCCAAGGAGGCCAUAAUCCUGGAGCAGCUCCUAAGGGUUCUUCCGGUUGAGACACGCACCUGGGUUCGCGAGCAUGAGCCAACGGCAGGAGUGGCGGCAGCGAAACUGGCUCAACAGUACCUGAACGCUCAUCGCGGGACUCUUCGCACUCAACCACCAUCAGGUACUGGGCGCACCCAUCCGGGGGUGGAACGGAGAGGUGCGAUGCCAGCAGACUCUGCACCAGGCUGGAAUCCGCCAGGAGGAAGGCCCAAAGAACUGGUGUGCUUUUACUGUCAGCAGACAGGGCAUAAAGCAUCUGUGUGUCCAGCGCGCAAAGCUAAACUGUCGGGGUACUGCUAUGUCCCAAGAGAAGGGGAUGUCGAGCUGCGCAGGGGCCGUGAGAGUCUCUCAGCAUGUCAUGUGACUGUGAAUGGAUGCUGCCUACAGGCUUUAUUGGACACGGGGAGUGCAUUAUCAAUGGUCAAAUCAGGUUUUGGGUCAAAUGUAGACUAUGUGAAUACAGUUGGGGUGCAGUGUGUUCACGGGGAUGUGAAGCGGUAUCCGCAGGCCGAAGUACUAUUAGAAGUACAAGGGCAGACAUACCUGCUAAAGGUGGCUGUAGUGGCUAGUCUACCGACAGACAUGAUUUUGGGCCGUGAUUUGCCAGUGUUGUGUGACUUAUUACAAAGCACCGAGAGGAGCACGGGAAAUGUUGACUCUGUGUUACCAGGUCAUCUGUCAUGUCCGGCCUUUACGCGGGCACAAGCCAGGGCAGGACUCCAACCUCUACCAGACAUGGAUGAAAGUCUGUUGCAGGGUGGAGACAGAGGCCCAAAAAAAUCGCGCAGACUGAAACGUCUGGAGAAGUACCUGGGCACACCAACCUCGGAGGUUGCUGCAGAGCACCCGGAGGGUAUUGGUUGGCAAGAACCAGAAAAUAUAGCGGAGCUACAGAAAGGGGAUGUGACGUUAAAAGCUAUGUUUGAAAAAGCGAUGUCUGAUCAACCCUCUAACCUGUGUGAAGAAAAAAGUGUGGUUAAGAAUGACAUUUUGUAUGUACAAGCUGGGGAUAAAUCUCGCCUUGUUGUCCCGGCUAGCUGCCACCCACUCGUCUUACACCUAGCACACUCUGUCCCGUGGGCUGGUCACCUGGGCCAACAGAAAACAUUUGCACGUGUUAGCUCUCGGUUUCAUUGGCCAACAUUGUAUGCUGAUGUUCGCACCUACUGCAACUCUUGCCCAACCUGUCAGAAGACCAGUGCUGUGCCGCGGCAGCACAGGGCCCCAUUGCACCCUCUCCCUGUGCUCUCUGAGCCCUUUAGGCGGAUCGCCAUGGACAUUGUGGGACCGCUGGAGAAAAGCAGUGCGGGACAUCGCUACAUCCUGGUCAUCAGUGAUUACGCAACAAGAUAUCCAGAAGCUUUUCCACUGCGCACAGCAACUUCACCAAACAUCGUCCCUGCCCUGGUACAACUUUUCUCCCGAGUGGGAAUACCUGAAGAGAUCCUGACAGACCAAGGCACCAACUUUACAUCGCGGCUGAUGGGGCAGUUGUACCGGCAACUGGGCAUCACUGCCAUCAAGACAACCCCAUACCAUCCACAGACAGACGGACUAGUAGAGAGGUUCAACCAGACACUGAAAAACAUGCUACGGAAAUUUGUGGUGGAUACUGGAAAAGACUGGGACAAAUGGCUGCCAUUUGUCCUCUUCGCUUACCGAGAAGUCCCCCAAGCAUCCACCGGGUUCUCACCAUUCGAGCUUCUCUAUGGUUGGCAGGUACGGGGACCACUGGAUCUGCUGAGGGAAAGCUGGGAAGAGGGUAUGACAGCCAAGCCAGAGGAGAGAGGCAUCGUGCAAUAUGUACUGGAGAUGAGGGAGCGACUCGAGCAGUACAGAGACCAGGCAAGGGAGAACCUGCAGGCAACACAACGAUACCAGAAGCGGUGGUAUGAUCAGCAUGCACGACUACGGCAAUACCAACCAGGCCAGAGAGUGCUACUUUUGCUACCUACCUCAACGAGCAAACUUCUGGCAAAAUGGCAAGGCCCAUAUACCGUGGUACGCAAGAUGGGGCCAGUAACAUACGAGGUCCAUCACCCAGACAAGGGAAAGGCAAAGCAGACAUAUCAUGUCAAUCUUUUGAAGGAGUGGAAGGAGUCACCGGAGAAGAAACCUCAGCCAUGCUGGUACGGAAGGUGA